AUGAAUAAUAUUGUUUUACAUUGUCCCACAGUCCCACUUUCCAAUGGUUUGCAGAUACCGAUAGUUGGAUUAGGCACAUCACAUUAUGGCGGAUACUCCCAUGAUUCCAUUAUGUACGCACUCACUGAGUGUGGUGUACGCCACAUUGACACGGCAAAGCGUUACAGCUGUGAGGAGAAACUGGGUAAAGCUAUCCGAGAAAGUGGAGUAGUGCGAAGUGAUCUAUGGCUCACCAAUAAACUGUGGCCAGGAGACUACACAUACAAAGCUGCAAAGAAGGCCUGCCUUGACUCCUGCUCACUGAUGGGGGUGGAAUAUUUUGAUCUGUACCUCAUGCACUGGCCAGAGUCAUCACAUCCCCAUUGUUCUAACAGGGAGAUGAGAGCUGACACUUGGAGAGCUUUGGAAGAACUUUACAAAGAAGGGGUGUGCUGUGCUAUUGGAGUGAGCAACUUUCUGAUCCACCACCUGGAGCAGUUAAAGGAAGACAGUAGUGUGAUACCACACGUUAACCAGGUGGAGUACCAUCCUUUCCAGCAGCCCAAUCACCUGAUGGAGUACUGUCGUCAGGAAGGUAUCGUGUUUGAGGGGUACAGUCCGCUGGCCAAGGGUCAAGUCCUCAGCAAUCCCACUGUUCUCCAGAUAGCAGAAAAGCACAGACGUACACCUGCUCAGAUCUGUAUCCGCUGGAGUAUUCAGAAUGGAGUUGUUACAAUACCAAAAUCCAUCAAAAAGAAGAGGAUACAAGAAAACUGUCAAGUGUUUGGGUUCCAGCUGGAGGGGGCGGACAUGGCCGCAUUAGGAAGACUGCAUGAUGGAAGACACGUUACUUGGGAUCCAACAAAUGUGGAAUAACAAUAUACAAAAAACAAAAGAAAAGAAAACACAAUGUGU